GGUUCGGUUUACCGAUAAUUUUUAACGCCCAUUCAGCUGGCUGCGUGGUAGAUAUAUGCGACCUACCAACCUCAAGUCUUCAGAGGAGAGUUGAUUCCAUGGCAACUUCCAAGCUUCAAGCUCUCUGGAACCACCCUGCCGGUCCUAAAACCAUUCACUUUUGGGCACCAACAUUUAAAUGGGGCAUCAGUAUAGCAAAUGUUGCUGACUUUUCUAAACCACCAGAAAAACUUUCCUAUCCCCAGCAAAUUGCCGUGGCAUGCACUGGAAUUAUCUGGUCGCGAUACAGCACUGUGAUCACACCUAAGAACUGGAAUCUUUUUAGUGUAAAUAUUGCAAUGGCUGGAACAGGACUCUACCAACUUUCACGCAAGAUUAAGCAUGAUUACUUUUCUGAGCCAGAGGCAGCAGUUGCAAAAGAAUGAUGACAAAAAAUUGUCUCAACAUCUUGUUUUCAGGGUGACUGACCACGUUAAGUUUGCCCCAUUAUGUAAUGUGUUGUUUUUGGUUCUUGCAAUUUAUUCAAGUUCAUAUAUGUUCAUUAAUACAUGGCUUGUACUGAAUAAUGGUUGUCUUUCCCAUUUUGCUUGAAAGGCAUUUAAAAAUUCAGGGAAAUUUGGAUGGGCUAAUAAAAAAUCGUUUUGACUCCUA